UUCAUAAUACAUAUUCACUAUUCCAUAGAGUUCAAUAAUUUAUCAUUCAUUCCAUAAAGUUUAUGGUCCGAUUUUAGUUUCUUUUCCUUUUCUUGGCAAGGCAUUGCGAGAACAUGCCUUUCGCUCGGUACGUAGAACCGGGGCGUGUCGCCCUGGUGGCCGAUGGAGCCCUAAAGGGAAAGUUGGUUAGCGUGGUAGAUAUCAUAGAUCAGACACGCGCACUUGUUGAUGGACCCGGCAGCGGUGUUCCUAGACAACAAAUCCGUCUGAAUCAACUUCAUUUAACUAAGUUCCGCCUUAAAUAUCCCUUCACUGCACCUACACGUAUCGUAAGGAAAGCAUGGACCGAUGCUAAACUUAAUGAGAAGUGGGCCGAGAGCCAAUGGGCACAGAAACUGGCUAAUAAAGAAAAACGCGCCCAAAUGACAGACUACGACAGGUUCAAGUUAACAUCAGCCCGUGUAAAGAGGAACCGCGCCAGGACAGCAGUCUUUAAGAGCUUGAAGGUGAAGGCGGCGCGUGCGGGCACCUUUGGCAAGAAGAAAGUCCCUAAAACACCAGCAAAGAAACCGCGUACAAAGAAGCCCGCCGCUAAGAAACCAGCCAAGAACCUGUAUCAACGGAGUGUUAUUUAAGAUAUUGAUGGAGACAGAGCAUGAAAAUAGAUUUGUAAAAGAAGCAAGAUAUCUAAGAAUGAAAUAAAGAUUGCCAUAACCUGCUAACUUACCGAGUUGGAAUCAUUUGGAGUACAUGGAGUUUCAGUUUUCUGUUCUUAAAUCGGUCAGUUGAAGCUAACAACUAGGAGAAUUUUCAGCAAUCAUUGAUGAAUAGAAGAAAUGAAAAGGAAUACAUAUUGCAUUUGACUACAUCAUUGGUCUGGUUAUUGUUAUG